AUGAAGACAUUAAUGAACAUGAUGAUGUCUCAAAUGUCACAAAUUAGCAAGUUGCAAUCUCAAGUGGAGAAUCUACAAGCCCAAAAUCAAGGAGGAGGCAAUCAAGGGUCUACACAAGCCUCAUCUUCUAGUGGUAGACUUCCGGCUAACACCGAAAAUCCUAGAAAUCAUGUCAACGCCAUCACCACUAGAAGUGGAAAAUCUUUGAAAGAUCCACCCUUUCCUUCUAAUGAUCUUACAAUUGAAGAAGAUGUUGAGAAAGAUGAAGAUGAAGAAAGGCCAAAUGAAGAGGAAAUUGAAAAAAUUCUUGAAAGUGAAAAUGAUGAUGAGCCUCUAAUUCAAAGAAACAAGUCAAAAGGGAAGGAGCCAAUUCAAGAAGGAAACAACUCAAGUAAGAAGAAUGUGAACAAGGGCAAGCAAAUAGAUGACUCGGUGAUUCCUUGCAACUUGUUGCCAUUUCCACAAAGGUUGUGGAAAACAAAAGAAACCGAGAGAGAAACCAAGUUUAAAACAAUGCUUGAUAAGUUGGAGAUUUCUAUGCCCUUUGUGGAAGCCAUUACUCAAAUACCUUCAUACAAAAAAUUCUUGAAGGAUAUUUUGAGUAACAAGAAGAGAUUGGAGAAGAGUGCGUUGGUGGACCUUAGUGAGGGAGCUUUGACAUGUGCCGUUCUCCAAAAGAAUUUGCCUCCCAAGUUGAAGGAUCCGGGAAGCUUUUCUAUCCCUUGCAUUGUAGGAGGAUUUGUGGUGAGCCGUGCUUUAUGUGAUCUCGGGGCUAGUGUGAGCCUUAUGCCAUACUCUCUAUGCAAGAGGCUCAAUCUUAGAGAGCCCAAGCCCACUACCAUGACACUCCAAAUGGCGGACCGUUCCAUCAAGCGCCCGGUGGGAGUUCUUGAAGAUAUCCCGGUCAUGAUUGAUCAAUACUAA